UCUGGCCCACCCUCCAAGAUGGCCGCCACGCAGGCACGUCUGUCGACACGCAGCGGGGGUCUGCGUGGAUCCAUUCUCAUCACUGCUCAUUUCAAACCUCCAACUCAUGCGCCAACUUCCGGCUGACAGUCAGGUUUAGUUCCUCUCUCUAACUUUGUGAUCCGAGCACAGAUGAUGACUCUGCUUGUUCAGGGAGACGCGGUCCUUAUCAGGGUUUAUUCUUCAGUCACGUGACUGAACUGCUCCUUCAGAAAGUUGACAGCCUCAUUAAAAUAAAGCUGCGAUGUUUCCGCGUUGUUUGUGGAAGUUUGGCGUCGCGGAAGGCGCGCCGUGCUUGUCAGCAACACACUGCGAAUUUGUCCUCUUUUGAUAUUUAAAGUCUUUUAGCCAGACGGUUUUCUUAAGAUCAACGCGGCUCUGUUGUGUUGUUUUUACGCACAAGACGCGCGUGUUGCGUCGCUGGAUUGAAAAUGUGCCAUCUCAGGGCAAACGCCCUAAAAACCACACUUCAACUCACGUCUCAGCUCCUGUGGGUGGUGGGGGUGGUGGUGGGAGUGAGUGGAUUCUUCCUGUACAAUAACUACAGACACACCAGCCUGCUUUUCUCUGAGAGUUACAUCAUUCUGCCUGCUGCCAUCGUUCUCGCCAGUGCCGUGCUCUCAUUGAUCGCAGGGCUCUUAGGCACUUGGAUAAGCAUCCAAAGCACCUACUGUCAGCAGGGCUUGUUUGUUUACCUGCUGGUUGUGAUAUUUUGUCUUCAAAGUACGGGUUUAGCGUUGGCUUAUUUCCAUUCAGUAAAGCUGGAUUCAGAUUUGGCUCCUGUCAGCGACGUAUUUCAGAAAUACAAUGGGAGCAGUAAAGACCCUGCAUCUGAAACUGUAGAUGUUGCACAACAUGAGUUUGAGUGUUGUGGAGUGCACAAUUACACUGACUGGCUGGAAACCCCCUGGUUUAAUCAAAGUGGAGGGCUCUGGUUCCCUCGCAGCUGUUGCAACAGCACUUUUCCGUCUUGCAGUGGCUCUGUGGACCAGCCCUGGCUGCUCUACUCACAGGGCUGCCAGGAGAAGCUGCAGAUGAAAUUUCAGUUUUUUCUGAAAUUCAUCUUCUAUGGGUCCCUAGUGGUUUUUCUUGUAGAGGUCGUUUUGUUACUGUUGGUGGGGCAGAUCAUGAAGCAACCAUCACCACAGUUUGGAUAUCGAGUGCUGGAAAAUGACUAGAAAUGCAGUCACAGAUGAGAGAGUACAGUGCUCUUCACUAAUGGAAUACUCCAUUGUACAAUAUCACGUGCACUAAUGCACUCCUGUAAACUUCGGCUCAUUUUUCAAAAAGUGGGGAGGCAGGCAUGGACAGAAAAUUCACAUCUUUUUUUUUUUUUUCAUGAGCUAUUUAUGAUUGAGCCACCGCUGAACUGCUGGUUAUCUAAUCUGUCCAGCUUUUUUUUAUUUUUUAUAAAUGCGCCUAUUAAGGUUUUUACAUUGUACUCAUACAUAGAACAGAUUAUAUGGGAGGGGGAUAUAUAGCUGUUUUUCUAGACCACCCAUACUUCACUCUGUGGUAUCUGCCUCUGGUGACAUUUACAGUCUUUCAUAUGAAUACUGAAUAUCAGUUUUUUUUGUCAAUGUAACAAGUGCAAAGAAAAUUGAAAGUGUAAUCCAAUCUGUUUAUCAUACAUAAAAUUCAUUAAAUGCACUUUAAAAAAGUAGGCAAAACGCAAACAGACACCUACCACUCAAAGUCAAGCAUUCAUUCUGUUAUUGUGUCAUUGCAUUGGUCCCUUAUAAAACAUAAUGCACAUCAAAUAUGUCUGUUUGAAAUCAUGCUGAAAUAUUACUGUUUGUAUUGUCAUUUAUUAUGCUUUUAUACACAUUGUAGUGUAUGAGUGUAUGUAGUGUAAAUGUUUUGAUACCAUACUUUUGGAUAAAGUGAAUUUUGACUUGC